AUGAGGGAUAACUCCCUACUAGGCUGGGAUGAUGGCCUCAAGCCCCUUGAUGCACUGGGCAUCUUCUACGUGAUCUUUGACAUCGUCUGGACUCUCCUGGUAAUGACAGGGCUCAUCUGGUUGUGGAGCAACAGGGCCAUUCCCUCUGUCCGCAUGCGCAAUGUGCCUCUGGCAAUCUGUUCAGUGCUCUUUCUGCAUGGCUACGGGGGGUUCUACAUUCUUGUUUAUCCACUCAAGGGGAUUACCAGCUGCCGCCUCGAGUUCUGGCUCAUGUGUGGCGUACUUCCAGUGGGGAUUGCGUUGUUUCAGGCUACGAACGUCCAGCUGCUGAGCGUGGCUACUCUCCAGCAGCGUUUCAUCAGGGAUGAUGGCACCUUUGAUGAGCCGACUCCGCAAGAAAUUCGCUGUCCGUUCAACAAGCUCAAGUGUUGGUGGACGCAUCUCUCGUGGGCUAGGCAGACUAUGUUUGCUAUUGCGAUUGGGAUGUUUAUCGAGGUAUUCAUCUAUACAUAUCCUUAA